GUAAUAAUAAUUAAUAAAUAAAUAAAAAGGGAAAAAAGAUGGAAUAGAAAAUAGAUCGUGGGAAGGAGGCUUGAGUCUGAUUGAAGCUACAUGGAUCGCGUUCUAUGGAUGUUUUCUGCUCUUCUCGUGGUCGCCGCCGCUGCCUUCUUCUGAUCCAUCGCCGCCUCUUAGCUCGCCUUCCGCUGUCGCGAUUCGAUUUGAUUGGAAAUUGGAAUAUUUGAAUCCAAGCUCCGCAAUGGAUGACAAUGGAGGAGGUAACAAGAUCACAGGCAUAAGCCAAAUCGUGAAACUGAAAGAAUUCCUUCAGAGAUGGCAACACGCGACGAUCGGGAACAGUCCGAAGAGCACAGAUACACCAAAAUCAAGCGACGCCAUAGGAGGACUUUCUCCUCAAGUUAAUCUGAGGCUUCAAAACUCAAACACGAACUGCGAUUCCGACGAGGACAGUUGCCAGAGCCUAGAAAUGCCGAGCGAUGUUCCGAGAGGAUACCUUGCGGUGUACGUCGGAAAGGAGCGCCGGCGAUUCAUCAUUCCGACGAGCUAUCUCAGCGAUCCACUGUUCAAGGUGCUGUUGGAGAAGGUUGAGGAGGAGUUUGGGUACGACAACAAUGGCGGCCUCACGAUCCCCUGCGAUACAGAGACGUUCAAAUAUCUCCUGCAGUGUAUGGAACAUCACAGGAAGGAUCAAGCUGCCUGAUCCACACAAAUUUGCUGCACAUUUGGAGGAUUUUCAUCGAAAACUAUUCGGAUUCGGCCGGCGCGCUUCGCCGGAUUGUUGGAUCGGUUGCUCGAUAUUAGUUGGUAAGAUCGACAUUUUUGUUUGGUGUCUAAGAACUUCUCUAUAUGACUGCAUGUUUUUAGUUUGCAAUCUUGAAAGCUUUCUUGUUACUAUAUUACGUGUUUAUGUGAUUUAGAAGUAAUUUUUACUCUGUUUUGCAUGGCUGCUG